ACUUAUGAAAAAAAUGAAAAUUAAAUAAAAAACAAUUGAGGAAAAAAGCUUAAAAAUUUUAAAGGAACUGAAAUAAAAGUGAAAAAAUUUUACCAAAAAAAAAAAAACAAUUAAAAAAAAGACAAGAAUUUAAAAAUUUUAAAAUUUCAAAUGUGUUUAAAGUGCUUACAAAUUGUGUUCAAAUUUUCGGGCAUACUUUUUUUCUUUUAAAAAUCUCUAUUUCGGCACUUUUUUGAUAUCACGAAAAAGAAAAUCCCCUAUCAUGGAUUUCUCGCGGGGAACCAAAGUGAUUUUUCCUUUGUUCUGCCUUCAUUUUGAGAGGAAGACUUUUUAUUUGAGUGCUGCCACACCAUCUUGAGUAAAAGUUUAAGUUUUGCCCUUCACCCUAUGUUGUGUCUAUCGUUUUCCUAGUGUGACACAUAGAGAGAGAGAGAGGUAGAAAAUGACGAAGGUCCUUUAGGACAAAAACUUGAAAACUUUGGACAAUGUGAAAAUUUUGGAAACAUAAACUUUGGAAACCGAUCCGUUGGCCUAAUCCAACCUCUGCAAAAACAAUAGAACUCAAAAUUUCUUAAAAACAAACAAAAAUAACCCAAAAACAAGCCGCUUGGAAGGCUUGAAAACAAAUUAAGAACAAAUUUUUAGUUUUUUAUUCAAACUGAAAACAAACAAAACCAAAACCAAAUCCAUAUAGUUACUAAUCUAAACGACAACAUUAUCAAACAACUUUAGAGGGAGAGGAAACACCACCAGCCAGCUCUUUUCUCCCCAACAAGCAAACAACCAAAAUUAAACGUCUGAAUUUUUUACCACUUUCGAUUCACAAUUCUUCAGCAACAUCCGGCCCACAUUUUUAAGUUUAUACUCCAGCUUUUCGAGCAAACAAGAAUUUUGGCCCAAUUGGAAUUUCCUUUGACCCUGGUAACACCUAUGCAAGGAAUUCCCCAAAUUCCAUAGAUAAAAAUUCACACAAAAUUCAGACGUAUUCACAUCGUUUCUAUUUCGGCAACGUAUUUUCUGGCGCCCCCCAAAAAAAACCCAAAAAAAACAACACUAAGCAAAAAAUCAAAGAUUUUCGACAAUUUUUCUGAUUUUCGUAUUUCGGCAACAAAAAAUCAAACUACAAAAUUACCUGAAAUCAAAACAAAAAGUAAACUUCAAAAUAAAUACAAAAAUCCUCAAAAAAAAAUAUUUUUGUUAUCAAAAUUGAUUAUAUUAAGUAAGAAACAAAAUUUAGACUCUAGUAACUAUAAAUAUUAGAAACAAACAAAUACACACACACUUAAGAAAAUUUAAACGUUAUAUAGACAUUGAACAACAACAACAGCAAUAAAAAACAGUAAUGUGAUAUACAAAUAUCAUACAACAUUAAAGAACAAAUGAAGAAAAUUCCAUGAGUUUUUAAAUGAGGUUACACCAUAACGAGAAGUUAUCCAAUGAGAAAGCCGCUUAAAUUUUGGAGGAUUAACGAUGGACGACAGAGAUAAUAACGCUUUGUUUGUGAGAGACUUUUAAGCGCGCGUAAAAAAGGAGAGAGUUACAAUACAAAACCAAUACAAAAUUUUUGAAAAAAAUAAACAUCAAACUUAAAAUUUCAACUAAAAAAAUCUUGAAAAACCAAAAUUAGAAAAUGUUCUUUUUUAAAUUUUGAACAACAUCAAUUAAAAAGAAAAAUAAAUCCCAAUUAAAAUAUAAAAACAAAAUCAAUGAAUAUAAAAAUUCCUUAUAAAGAUCUAGACGAAAACAAAAAAAUUCAUUCUUGAUGAGGACAAAAAGACAUGACAAAAGCAAAAAACAAUCAAACACAAAGGAAUAUCUAUAAUUUUCACAAUAAAAAUUAAAUGCAAAAGACAUUCGCAUGUGUGUGGUGGUGGAAAGAAGUAACAAAACAAAAUUUACAAUUAGAAAAAGGAAAAAACGUAAACGUCAUAUUUUGAAAAGGAAGGCAAAACGCAAGGAGGAGCUGAAGAAGAGUAAAGGGAAAAACCAAAACACAAUAUUCCGAACCAAUCAAAAUUUCUAAGUUUGGCGAGAACGAACCAGAAAGUGAAAGCGAGCUCAAAUUCAGUUUUCAGUUUGCCCCCCCCGCCACAAGUCAGCAAAAAUAUUUUUUUGUAGAACGCCAAAGAAAACAAGGAAACGGAAAAGGAAAUAAAACACCCAUACGCACACAAACAUAGCAUAAUAAUAAGAGACAAGAAUAGUAAAAACUAGACUGAGAAAAACAAAAACACAAGGCCACUACCAAAAUAAGGGAAAUCAUACCUGGGGAAGUAAAGGAUUCUUUUGGUAAUAUAAACAAAUUCUAAAAGGAGCCUAACAAAGGAAAGCUUCAAAUUUGAAUAUUUUCAUUGCCAUAACCCCAUUGAACUAAGAGCAAACCAACCGAACACCCCACUUCGUUUACUUGCAUUUUUCCCACUCCCACCUGCUGCUGCUGCCCAAAGCCCCCACCAAAAUAACGCCGGCAACAACGCACUCUUCUUCCCAAACUUGAAACACACACAGAAACAGCACUCACCCACAUCAAAUCAAUUUUUGUCCAAAGGGGGAAAAACAACAAAGACGGCGAGUUUUCAAAUCGCCUGCUGCCCGAGACAAAAAACCGAAAACAGACACGCACCAAACAACUAACUUUGCUUGGUUUUCCCGGCUGGUUGCUGUUGUUGUGGCUGAGAUUUUGGGGAAGUGAAGCGAAACGGAAACGUCGAGUUAAACACUGGCAAACACACACUCACACGCACCCUCUGUGAGAGCAAAACGAAAAAAGUAAAUUACUUACACACACUCUCACGACUAAGAGAGUAGUCUUAGUCUCAGGCAAGAUUAAGCCUCUGUACUCGGCCACCACAUAUGCCUGAGUGAAUCAAACACAGGGAGAGCAAUUGUGAGUCAAGGCCCUAUCUGCACACACACACACACACUCUCGCCAGAAGGCAAAGCAAGGAGAAAAGACGGCGAAUCCAAAAACUCUUAUCUUUAGUAGUCAACCGAAAACGGGGGAGUUGGAUAUUAAAAUAAAACAAUAAUUACACAAGAGCCAAAAGAGAGAGCCCAUAAGCCAGAGCGAAGGAUUAAGAUUUCCUUUAGACUCCCCUAGAGAGCAAGAGUAAUAAUUGAGAGUUUUAAGCUCAAGCUCCUUUUGCUCCGGCAAAAUUCCUUUCUCUGUUUACCUCUUGGGCAAGGAAAUUGAGCCAAAGGAAAUUGAGGAACAGAGCGGCCACCAGGAACAAACGAACGCGUGUGCUUUGCUCACGUAGCUGCUGCUGCUGUGCUGCUGCUCCACCAAUCACUUCGGGUGUUAGGGGGGGCGGCAUCUGAUGAUGUCAUCAGAGGAGGACACAGAUUGUUUUGGUUUGUUCACUGCUGAUGAUAAGUCAUUGCUUAAGGCAACAUUGACGACAAAUUCAAGCUUAACAACUGCAACAACAACAACAACGACGACGACGCCCUCAAACGCCAAUAUCUAUGAAGCGGCCAGGACCGCUCUUAACGACUUUCAGAGCCAAGAAUUCAAGGAAACACUGACAAAUCUUAAAACGGAGGAGGACACGGAAACGCCAAAUAACGGCUACGACCAGCUAUCAUCCUCAUCCUCCUCACCCCAACCUUUAAGCAGGGGAAAGGAACAACAGCAACAACACUGCCUGAAACGGCGGCAAAAAUAUAAAAGCGACCAAGACCAAGAUAUUCUAAUAAAAACCAAAGGAGUAAAAAAACCCAAGGAAAACGGCGAAAAUCCAACAAAAGACUCAAACAGCAACCAAGAGGAGACCACAAAUAUUAUAGCCGACAACGACGACGACGGCGACGACGCCAAUAACCACGGCGACAACGACUUGCAAGAGUGUAUAAAAAAUUCUAAAACAGCCACUACGACUAACACAGAGGCACAAAACGAAGAAGAAGACGACGACGACGAAGUUAUAUUUCUCUUCGCCGGCAAUACUCUUAACACUGUCGGCAGUAGUGUUGGUGGGGUUGGUGGUAGUAGUGGUAGUAGCUCCUCACACACCAACAACAGCCCUAAACGUAGUGGUGGUGGCCGUAUAAGUCAGAGUGGUGCUGGUGGUGGUGGUGCUACGGCAAAGACAAACACAAAAACACCACCAUCAUCAUCGUCAUCGUCAUCUGGAAGAGCAAACACAGCCACAUCGUCAUCUACACUCAACAGCAGCAACAACAACACCACUACUACUCAAGCAGGAAUAACGGCGACGAAUUCGUCGUCUACAGGCACGACGACGACAACGACAACGCAGCCGCCAUCAACGACGACUACGACGACGACGGCCACGACAAUUUCAGAAAACGGCAAUAACAGCAGUAAACAACAAGUCGUACAAGUCGUUGAACAUUUUACAGAAAGUAGUCAUAGUGGUGCCGUCAAUAAGACAACAACGUCAUCUCCGUUAGCUCUCGCCUCGCAGACGUCGUGUGGCUCGAGAAAAAUUACGGAACUCAAAUCGAAUAAUAAUAGCAAGAAAAAAUCGUCUCAGACAGGAAAUUUACAAAAUCGAAACACAAAAGUGACGAGUAGUGCUACUUCCUCUUCAUUAUCCUUAAAUAACAAAAAGAAUACAGCAACAACAAAGCGUAGUAGUGCAACAACAUUAGCAUCCUCUAUAACAGCAACAACCUCAAAUACAACGACGCCUAGUACGUCAUUGCGUUUAAGUGAUAAUUCCAAUGUGAAUGAAACGAACGGUAAUAGUAAUAAUCAUAAUAACAACGGUACGAUAACCGCAAAUAAUUGUAGUGAUUUUGAGGAUUUCGAUAAAAGUGAUUUGAAUAUUUUCGCCUCGUUGCCCAAUUUUAUACAGCAAUUAACGCAACACCAGCAACAAUUGCAAAAUUCCAACAACAGCAACAACAAUAACAAUAAUAAUAGCAAUAACAAUAACAGCAACAAUUCAAGUCCCUCGGCAUCACAAUUGGCCCUUUCACAGCCAGCCACAAUAUUAACGCCGUCAACAGCUGCUGCCUUAAUGAGUAGUGCUGCUGCGGCUGCCGCGGGUGCCGCUGGAGGAGCUCUAUAUGGGGCCUUAUUAAAUCAAUCACAAUCAUCGACCUCACCCACUGCCCAUCAUCAUCAUCAUCUGUCGUCGUCGGUGACGACGAAAAGUUUCCUAACACCCAACUGCACCAGUAACAAUAGUAGUGGUCAGCAACAAAAUUCGCCGGGGUCAUCCUCGUCACCCACCGCCUCCUUGCUGACGGGCCAAUUCACGGCCGCCCUUGGCAAUUUCUUUGGGGCCAACGGUUUCGGCUCGGCCAAAAUGCUAAACGAAUUGUUUGGCCGUCAAAUGAAGCAGGCCCAGGAUGCUACCAGUGGGCUACCCACAAACUUGGACAAUGCCAUGUUGGCAGCGGCCAUGGAGUCGGCCACCAGUGCCGAUUUGCUCAGUGCUGCUGGCCUUGUGAACUCCUUGGGCCUUAAUGCCACCACCAAAUUGCUCAAUAACAACACAAUAAAUGCCAAUAAUGCUGAUACACAGCAACAGCAGCAGAUCACCUCCUCGCCCUCUCCCAAAAAUCGCCGCAUUAGCAAUUGCAGCGAGCGAUCUGUGGAGGAGAAUGGUACCGCCCGCUCCGUAGGUGACCUCAGUGCUACCACUCCACCCAGAGCUCCCUCGGUAGGUAAUAACAAUUCGAAUAAUGCAAAUUCCCUAUCCAACAACAGCCAACAUGGCAGCUCCACCUCGCCCAAUUUGCAACAGCAACAAAAUGAUUUGGCCCAUCAUAUGCUGCGUAACAUACUGCAAGGUAAGAAGGAGCUCAUGCAACUGGAUCAGGAGUUGCGCUCUGUCAUAAGCCAACAACAGCAACAGCAGCAGCAACAGCAGAAUAAGGAACCCCAGGAUUCUCUUAAAAUGGCCAACAAUAACAACAACUCAAAUAGCACUAACAACAACAAUAAUAACUCAGCCAACAAUAAUAACAACAACAAUGUCAGCGAUUCAAAAUCGUCCAAUACCAAUGUGAUAAAUCUUAUCGAAGAUUCACUAUCCGAAAUCAAAAUCAAAAGUGAACCCAGUUUACAUGCCAACUCCAUGGAUGGCCUAAUGAAUGGCGAUCGUCGCAAGUCCUCGGACUCCGAGGGCCUCAACUCCCCGGCUGCCCAGCAGGAGGAGCAACAAUCGGAAUGCGAUCAAAUGGAGCAGGAGCCCGACAGUGAUCAUCGAGCCGAUAGCGAACACAUGGAUAUGACUGCGGUGGUAACCAAGAAGGAGGCCGAUGAGAUACUCGAAGAUGUUGAGCUCAUGGGCCUCAACUCCAGAUCGGAUUUGGAGUCCUUGGCCUCGCCCAGCCAAUCGGAUAUGAUGUUGCUGGAAAAUAGCAAGGACGAUUUGGAGGAUGAACUUGACAAAGAUGUCUCCUCGGGCAUCUCCAAAAAGUCCGACUUGAAAAGAGCCCGUGUGGAAAAUAUUGUCUCCAGCAUGCGCUCCAGCCCCUCGCUCAAUCAGGCUCAUCUGCAGGUCAAUGGCUGCAAGAAACGUAAGCUCUACCAGCCCCAACAGCAUGCCAUGGAACGUUAUGUGGCUGCAGCGGCUGGUCUGAAUUUUGGCCUCAAUCUUCAGACCAUGAUGCUAAACGAUGCAGACGACUCGGAUGAGAAUGAGUCGCCCCAGCUACAGCAAAAACGCAACGAGAAGAAUGCCCUCAAAUCACAAUUGCGUUCCAUGCAGGAACAGUUGGCCGAGAUGCAGCAAAAAUAUGUGCAAUUGUGUUCUCGCAUGGAACAGGAGUCCGAGUGCCAAGAAAUCGAUGAUAAUGUCAGCGACUGCAUGGAGCAAGAGGAUAACAAUGGAGAUCUUUCGCCCUCGCCUCCCCUCACCGGGGAAGAUGUGAGCCAUGUCGAUGACAAGGAUCGCCAGAAUGGCGAUGUAAGGCCCAGCUCUACCUCGCCCUCGUUGAACCUGAAGAGUGAUGAUAAGAUGGUGGUGAACAAUCAAAAUUCCCUGGACAAUACCCCCAAUGUGCUGUCGCAAAUGAUGAGCAAAAUGAUGUCGGGCAAAUUACAUAACCCUCUGGUGGGUCAUCCACAUAUGCAGCAGUCGUUCAACGGACCCCUGCCCUUGUUGCAACACAUGCCUCAAUUGCAGGCUGGCGAGGCAGGGCUAACUCAUCCCGCCAUCAGCAAUGCUGCCGCCAUGUAUUUGGGCCAGCAAUUCUUCUUUGAGCAGGAGGCCCGCAUGGCCAAAGAGGCUGCAGAGCAGCAAGAACGCCAGCAGCAACAGCAAUUGCAGCAGCAGCAACAACAACAACAGCAGCAGCAGCAACAACAGCAAGUGCAGGAACAACAGGAACAGCAAAGACGUUUCGAGCAGGAGCAGCAGCAACGCCGCAAGGAGGAACAACAAGCUCAGCAGCAGCAACAGCAGGUGGUCCAACAACAGCAGCAAGUUGCUCAGCAACAAUUGCGCCAACAGCAGCAACAGUUACAGCAAAUGCAGCAGGAACACCAGCAGUCGCUGCAACAGCAGCCCACUCGGCCCCAAUUGCAUCACAACAAUCGCGUCAAUGCCCGACAUAAUACCGCCCUCAAGAGCGAACUCUCCGAGAAGUUCAACAUGCUGCGGACCAGUUCGAGCUCCAUAAUGCGUAUGUCCGGAGCCGAUCUCGAGGGCCUGGCCGAUGUCCUCAAGUCCGAAAUAACCACCUCGCUGUCAGCCCUGGUUGACACAAUCGUCACUCGCUUCGUACACCAACGCCGCCUCUUCAGCAAACAAUCUGACUCGGUCGCUGCCGCCGCCGAACAACUCAACAAGGAUCUUCUGCUCGCCUCACAAAUCCUCGAUCGCAAAUCGCCGCGCACCAAGGUGGCCGAUCGCUCCGCCAACAAUAGCACAAACAGCUCAGCCUCCUCCGCCCAAUCGAAUGGACACUCCGCAGCAGUGAAUCAAGCAGCGGCAGCAAUGUUUCAGGCACCGAAGACGCCGCAAGGCAUGAAUCCCGUUGCAGCGGCAGCCCUCUACAACUCCAUGACGUCGGGUGGAGGGCAGCCAUUGAAUCCCUUCUGUAUGCCAGAGCCGCGUGAUCAGCAACAGCAGCAGCAACAGCAACAGCAGCAGCAGCAACAACAACAGCAGCAGCAGCAACAACUCGCCCAACAACAGCAAUUGGAACAGAACGAGGCUCUGAGCCUGGUGGUGACGCCCAAGAAGAAACGCCAUAAGGUGACGGACACCCGCAUAACGCCACGAACGGUAAGUCGCAUUUUGGCCCAAGAUGGCCUGGUGCCACCCGUGGUAGGAGGUGUCAACGGACCCAAUGGCCUCCAAGCGGCCAGUGGACAACAGAUGCAAUCACAACAACAAAUGAAUGGACCCUGCAAUAACAAUGGCAGCAAUGCCCUGAAUCCCGCCUCGCUAAACAAUAACAUUAACAGCAGCAACAACAACAACAACAGCAACAGUAGCAAUAACAUUGCGAACAACAAUAACAAUGGGGGCAACGGUUGUCCCACCUCAUCCGGGUCAAGCAAUAAUCAAAGCAACAGCAUUUCCACACCCGCCCAAAGUCCAUCGCCACGGAGUCAGGCGCCAGCCUUCCAUCCGAAUGUGCCGCCACCACCACCACCCAUGUUGCCCGUGUCGUUGCCCACCUCGGUCGCCAUACCCAAUCCUUCGCUACACGAAUCGCAAGUCUUCUCACCGUACAGUCCAUUCUUUAAUCCGCAUGCACCGCCGCCACAUGGCCCACACGCCCCGCCCACAGCCGCUCAAAUGCACCACAUCAAAAUGUCGUCCAGCCCGCCCGGCGGCCUGGGCAGCCUAAUGGAUACACGCGAUGGGUCACCGCCACUGCCACCACAUCCCUCGACCAUGUUACAUCCCGCGCUGCUGGCGGCCGCCCAUCACGGUGGCUCACCCGACUACAGUGCCCAUUUGCGUGCUGCCAUGGAUGCUCAGGAUCGCAGUUCCGAUUGCAAUUCAGCCGAUAUGCAAUUCGAUGGAAUGCAACCAACCAUAUCGUUUUUGAAACAACAGAUGAUCAAAAAUAGCGAUUCAUUGACCACCUCGCAUUCAUCGACGCUGACGCCGAUGCAUCUGCGCAAAGCGAAACUGAUGUUCUUCUGGGUGCGCUAUCCAUCGUCAUCCGUAUUGAAAAUGUAUUUCCCCGACAUUAAAUUCAAUAAGAAUAACACAGCACAAUUGGUGAAAUGGUUCUCGAAUUUCCGAGAAUUCUACUAUAUACAAAUGGAGAAAUAUGCCCGUCAAGCUGUUACUGAAGGCGUUAAAUGUGCCGAAGAUUUGCACAUUAGUGGCGAUAGUGAACUCUAUCGAGUCUUAAAUUUACACUACAAUCGCAAUAAUCAUAUCGAGGUUCCCCAAAAUUUCCGUUUUGUGGUGGAGCAAACAUUACGUGAAUUUUUCCGCGCUAUACAAGGUGGCAAAGAUACAGAACAAUCGUGGAAGAAAUCAAUCUAUAAAAUAAUCUCACGUCUCGACGAUCCAGUACCCGAAUAUUUUAAAUCUCCAAAUUUUUUGGAACAAUUGGAGUAAAUGUGAAACACAUGAAAACACGACUACCAACCAGGAUCAAACAAAAAUGAUGCAAACCAAAGAACAUAACAACAACACCCACAACAAAUAUACACAUUCAAAUUGAAACCAAAACAAAAAGAAAAAACAAAAAUGGUUCGUUUAACCUAUAAAAUGUUUAGAAAACAUCAGGCAAAAAAAAAUGUUUAAAUAUAAGCCUUAAGAAACUUUCAAAUUGCGAAUAUAAUGCCAAACAAUAGCUAGGACAAACACCAACUGACCUACCCCUCAAGAAACGAAGAAACAUCCCAACUAAAUGUUAAGGCAACCUUGAACGUUCUCUUUGUUAUGAAACGUUAAAUCAAUGAAAAUUACGAAACAAAAAGAAAAAAUAUAAAUUUUUGUUAAAAAAUAAAAUUAUUUUCUUUGACCCAUAUGACCACGACAAAACAAAGACACGAACCAUUCCCUGCUAACACUUACACAAAAGACACUAGAAUCUAAAACAAAGACUUGGAAGCUGAACCUUUAGAUGUUUUUUCUAAAGUUCAAGCUCUAAGGUAAUCUGCCUAGUGUAAACUGUAUUACCGAACUCAGUUAACCAGCCAGCCAGCAUACAAAGAUAGUUAAAAUAUUUAUAUAUAGAAAAAAGUUUCCUGUUGAAAAUCUCCAUAUAUUUUUUAAAGCAAAGAGUUUUAUUCUAUACCUGCUUCCCCAAAAAACCCCCCCAAACCAAAUGGUCUCUAAAUUAGAAAGGCAAUACUUUUAAAGGCAUUUCUAGGCCAGAUGGACAAAUCAUUUUACCCCCCUCAAACCCACUCCAACCUUACAACUCACAAAAUACAAAACAUCUUACAUAACCGACACCCUACUAGCAAACAAAAAGGUUGCAAACAAACAUUUUUUGAACAACAAAAUUUUACAAAAAACUACACACAACAUUUAUCCUUUGACUUUUUUUGAAAAAAGAAAAAAAAAACAUAAUUUUAAUUGAAAACCAAAAAAGAAAUACUAAUUAUUUGUGUCUAUGUGUAAUUUUUUAUAAUUUUUUCAUUACCAAAAAACUAAAAACAACAAAAAUAUAUGACCCCUAUAUAAAGAAAACCCCCUCUUCCCUUGAGCGUAUGUUUUUAAAACCAAAGUUUAAAGUUUAAGUUGUAUUAGGUUUUCCUUAAAAACUAUACUUGUUAUAUAUAUCUUAAGUUCUAUCCCUUUCUUCUCAAAGGCACCCUUUUCCUAUAAUAAGUUUUAUUUGAAAACCAAAAUUAUUUUUAAACACACCCCACUAGUCUUUGUUAGUUCUAUUUUUUGUUUUUCAUUUUGAAAAAUUCCUUAAAAAAAAUGUAUAUAAUUUUGUUUAAUUUUCUAUUUUUCUUUUCCUUUAAAUUUUUUUAGUUGUUAAGAUCUAAAUUAAGUUUUAUAUUUAAAUACAUAUAUUGAAAAUAUAUACAAUACUUUUUUUUAAUUUAUCUUAUUAUAGUUGAAUUUUUUUCUUUUGAAAAAAACAUCACAAUAUUCUAAUUUUUUCGCUAUGCCUUAAGUUUUUAGUUAUAAUUUUUAUGUUAAAUGAUCUUUUGAGACCAAAAACAACCAACAAAAAUUCCAAAAACAAAAAUACACAUCAAACAUAUUAUUAACAAACAUUUUUAAUAAUAAUAAUCAAAAUAAUUUCACAAAAAAAAAACAACAACAACACUUUUGUUUGAGUUUUCUUAUUUUAAUUCUUGCGAGCAUCAAUGCUUUGUUUUCGAAUAUAUAGUUAGGUAAAGAAGAAGAUUCGAUAGCUUUUUUUGCUUAGGAAAACUACAACUAAGGUAGAAAGGUGAGAAGUUCUUCCCUAACUGAAAGGGAACAAAAAUGUAUAUUUUUUAAAAAAGGGAUUAGUUUAGGAGAUAGAGAUUGAAAUACAGAGAGAAAUAUGAAAAAGGCCUCAUAUUUAGUGUAAAGUGCAAAUAAUUUGGAAACAAGCGGGGAUACUGUGAUUUCGU